ACAUCAAGAAUUGAGGAAUAUUUUCUUGGGUUUUUGAAAGUUGAAGAUAAAACAGGAGAAGGUUUGUUUUUUGAACUUCAAGAAGCAUUGAUAAACCUUGGAUUAAAUAUUGAUGAUAUAAGAGGGCAGGGAUAUGACAAUGGAGCAAAUAUGAAAGGAAAACACAAAGGUGUACAAGCAAGACUACUCGAGAUUAAUCCAAGAGCAUUCUACACACCGUGUGCUUGUCAUAGUCUAAAUCUAAUACUUUGUGAUAUGGAUAAGUCAUGUCCUAAAGGAUUGUCUUUUUUUGGAUCCAUACAACGUAUUUAUACGUUAUUCUCGGCUUCUACUAAUCGAUGGGAUUUGUUCAAAGAAGAGAUUGGAGAGAAAGGUUUGACUCUUAAACCAUUAUGCGAUACUAGGUGGGAAAGCCGUGUAGCAAGUAUCAAAGCGAUAAGAUACCAAGAUCCUGAAAUACGCAAAGCUUUAGAGAAGUUGCGAGAUUCAUCUUCUAUUUCUCAAGAAGUCAGCACAGCCGAGAGCCUAAGUAUAGAAAAGAUGGGUUCCAAAAGGCAAUGGAAGAAGCGAAGGAGAUUGCAGAUGGUAUGAAUAUUGAACCUACAUUUCGUGAAGUUCGCACCACUCGUACUUGCGAACCAAUAUCAGGUUAUUUGAAGCAUGGUACAUCUAGAGAUAUUGAUGGCAGGGAGUUAUAUUUGGAAUUGUUAGUCAUGAGAGUUGCAUUAUCUAAGGCUUAUAGCAAACCAAUGGAGGUUUUACAAUUUUUACUAAGAAUGGAUGGUUGCUACCCAAAUGCGUGGAUUGCUUAUAGGAUACUGCUCACAAUUCCGGUAACAGUUGCAUCGGCAGAAAGAAGUUUUUCUAAGCUAAAGUUGAUUUUAUCGUAUCUUCGAUCAACUAUGUCAGAAGAGAGAUUAAUUGGAUUGUCUAUGCUGGCAAUUGAAACAGAUAUGGUUAUGCAAGUUGAUUUUAAAGUUAUACUUAAUGAUUUUGCAUCUAGAAAUGUAAGAAAAAUCAACUUUCAAUAGAUGUUAUUUGUAUGAUUAUCUGAACCCUUUACUUUUA